AUGAUCUCUCAAGUGAUGGAGCAAAUCCCACGGCCAAGAAGGUUUUCCUUCACCAAAUCGCGCCAGGAGGAUAUGCCUCGCAAGUCUGGGCCUCCAGUCACCACGAUUGGUUUCCCAAUAGACGCACUUCCUCUUUACUCUGAAAAGGAACGCCGUGAGAUUUGUAUCUCUCCGACAUGGAACAAAUCUCGUGGACGCUCACGCCGGUCACAAUCAGUAGGUCCAGCUGGCCCUGAUGAACAACCCGCAUCUCGUUCAUCGUCAAGACGCCUGGUCAAAAAGCAGCCUGUCAAGACAUCCCGCAGGGAUUCUAGUGUGGCGUCCGAUACCACUCGAUUCUCAAACGUUCCCUUACUCUCAAGCAUAUCGACCCGCAUUCGGAGUCGACGUGCAAGCAUAUCUAACAAUGCGCCAGUUGGAGAACCGACUCUGCCUCCCUACAUUCAUCAGGAUCCUGGAAUGACUACUGAUGGACCUCUCCCAACUCCACGACUAUCUGCCACCUUACCACCAGGGUUUAAUGCAACUAUAACAAAGGACUUGGCAAAAGGGUCCAACUCUGCGUUUGUAGGCAAUCAAUAUCAACCUAGCCCUACGAGUGGACAGCAAGAAGUGCUGCCUAUGAAUGGGUAUCCAGUGAGUCCAACCGGCGUGGAGAAAAAGCAGACUCUGCGCAGAUCGGGGGUUUCUUUUUACCAUUCUUCGACAGAAAAUGUCGCUCAACCACAGCCCAGUGUUACUCCCAAGAGUUUUGGUGCAGAGAGAGCUAAAAAACGCGAGGUAAAUAAUGAGCCAGAUCGAAAAGAGGUUAUUAUUCCACACUCACUGCGGAUUGGACCGUCCAAGGUUAUCGAGCCAGGGCCAAAGAGUCCAAAGAGAGCGUUGGCAAAGAUAGAAACCAACCAGCCUCAGUACGGGAUGUCAAAACCAAGCCCUCAAGACUCAUUACAGGCCCGAGGAAAACAGAAUGAAAGCAAGGCGUUGCCAGCUAGCUACAGGGAAAAGGCCAACUUUCCAACAUGCUCGAACUGCCAAAGUUCACUGCAGCACGCUCCAAAAAAGGUGCAAACUAGCAAGCAGCAGGAAGCAGAUCAGACACCGGCUCUCUUACAGAAACCGACUUACCCCCAACGACCCCCACCCGAGCAACAAGUAUCAAUGUCAAUAGAGUCAGCCAUUUACGAUGUACCGAAAUUUCCCGCCAACUCCCCCGCUGUAUCCAAUCCAUCUACAACAGAUAUUUCUACUCCAGGGACUUCAGACCAAGAAAACGCAUCCUCAUCAACAGACUUGUCAACAUGGAGCUCUAUACCCGCAUCUUCUCGCAUUGAAGUCGACGCCAUCCCAAGAAACACCGCCUCCCCCAGACAAGACAAAUACCUAGCUAAGAUAUUCGUGAUCUGCUGUCAAUGCAACUUCUGGCACGACAUACCUUCCGGACUGUAUGCAAAAAUGAUCAUCCCAGACGCUCUUCUGUUCACUAGUCAGGGCGACUUCGUUGGGCGACGCUCCUCUAGCAACACUCGCGACAGCAGCGGGACUCGCGCCGGAUCGAAGAGGCAAUCGGGUGCUUCCCAAUCCCCUUCGAAUGAGAGCUCUGUUCACUGCUGCUGGUGUUCCCAUGAGUUAUCCAAGAAUUGCUGCAGUGGCUGGACGACUAUGGUUCAUUUGCUUGAACGACACCAUUAA